GCAGUCGCGUAGCUGUUGACGCACAGUGAUGCGUCUAUGGUAAAGGGGUGGGGCUUCGGCAAACUUUCGAGCGGGAUCCUCUCAGGAAGAGGCUCAAGCUGGAGUUCAGUCAAAGCAGGCGCUAGCGUUAGCGCUGUUGUAAGCUAAGAAGAGCAGCUAAGCUAACGAAUCUCUGGUGUGGAGGCUCGACCAACUCUUUCAGCCUAUUGUUUAGUACGAAGCCUCGCCUUAACGCGCAUGCGUCAGCUCCAUCAUGAUUGGCCCAGAACAGGAGGCCCUGAUUGGCCGAGUGUUUGAGACCUUUGUGACAGAGCAUCACCAUGGAGACCUCCUCCGUACAAAGGAAGACACUCAUCACUCUGUUGUGGUUAAUGCCAUGACUCUGUUUGAAGCCAACAUGGAGGUUGGAGACUAUUUCAACGCCUAUCCCAGCGAUGUUUUGAAUAUAUUUGAUAAAGUGUUACAGAGGAAAGCCAUGGAGCUAACAGAUGUUGAGCAUGGAGGCCUACAGAGACCCAAAGAGCAGACCAUGAAGACUUUUCACACUCGCAUCACAGGUUUACCCGUUUGUCCAGAGCUGACCAGACACACCAUCCCUAGGUCCAGAGACGUGGGACACUUUCUGUCUGUGACCGGGACCGUCAUACGCACCAGCGUUGCCAAGGUUCUGGAGUAUGAGCGGGACUACAUGUGCACAAAGUGUAAACACGUGUUUAAGGUACAGGCUGAUUUUGACCAGUUCUACACGUCUGUCCCUCCGGCGGGCUGUCCUAACUCAGCUGAGUGUAACUCUUUCAAAUUCACCUGUCUCUCUGGAGAAACGGAGCCGGCUGCCUGCCGGGACUACCAGGAGAUCAAGAUCCAAGAGCAAGUGCAGAGGCUGUCGGUGGGAAGUAUCCCUCGUUCUCUGGUGGUGGUCCUGGAGGACGACCUGGUUGACUUGUGUAAAUCUGGAGACGAUGUAACCGUGUACGGGGUGAUGAGUCUACGCUGGAAGCCUUUCCAUGAAGGCCUUGGCUGUGAGGUGGAGCUGGUCCUCAAAGCCAACAACGUAGAAGUCAACAACCAGCAGGCUGCUGCGUCGCUGUUGGCCAAAGACGUUCAGAGAGACUUUGAUGAGUUCUGGGAGGACUACAGACAUGAUCCUUUAGCCGGUCGAAACCAGAUCCUGAUGAGCCUGUGUCCUAAGGUGUUUGGCAUGUAUGUGGUUAAGCUGGCUGUGGCCAUGGUUCUGGCCGGAGGAGUGCAGAGAGUAGAUUCGUCCGGAACCAAGAUCAGAGGAGAGUGCCACAUGCUGCUGGUUGGUGACCCCGGCACCGGGAAGUCUCAGUUCCUGAAAUAUGCAGCCAAGAUCAUUUCCCGCUCUGUUCUCACAGCUGGAAUCGGAUCAACGAGUGCCGGACUGACCGUGGCAGCGGUAAAAGAUGGAGGCGAGUGGCACCUGGAGGCGGGAGCUCUGGUUCUGUCAGACGGUGGUUUGUGUUGCAUCGAUGAGUUCAACAGCAUCAAGGAACAUGAUCGGAUCAGUAUUCAUGAGGCUAUGGAGCAACAGUCCAUCAGCGUGGCCAAGGCUGGGAUGGUCUGUAAGCUGAACACUCGAACCUCCAUCUUAGCAGCGACAAACCCUAAGGGCCAGUACGACUCCAGCGAACCUCUCUCUGUGAACGUGGCUCUGGCCAGCCCUCUACUGAGUCGUUUUGACCUGGUUCUGGUUCUGAGGGACACCAGGAACCCAGAGUGGGACCGAAUAAUUUCAUCUUUUAUUCUGGAGGACAGAGGACCACCUGUGGAGUCGUCUUCUCUGUGGUCCAUGGAGAAAAUGAAAGCUUAUUUCAGCAUAAUCAAGCAACUGCAGCCACAAGUGUCUGAGGAGGCUAAAUGCAUCCUGACCCGCUACUAUCAGCUGCAGCGCCAGAGCGAUGGACGCAACGCUGCUCGCACAACCAUCCGCAUGCUGGAGAGUCUCAGCAGACUGGCAGAAGCUCAUGCUAGGCUGAUGUUCAGAGAGAUGGUCACCAUAGAGGACGCGGUCACUGCUGUCUCUGUCAUGGAGUGCUCCAUGCAGGGUGGAGCUCUGCUGGGAAAUGUGAACGCUUUGCUCACCUCGUUUCCUGAUGACCCGGUUCAGCAGUACCAAACCCAGUGCCAGAUUCUGCUGGAAGGACUCAACCUGCCUCUGCUUCUUCAGACGGAGAUGGACCGACUCUCCAGGCGGAGAAGCACCAUGCCCAAGACCUUGUCCUCUGACCCAGCUGGGAACCAGCAGCAGCAGGUCAUCACCACCCACUGUGAAUCAGAGGGGGGUGUAACCAUUGACGAGUGGACGAGUUCUCCCCCAUCCAGCCUCCAUCUGACCUCACCCACAAUCACAUCAACUCAAGACAACGUCAGCGGGAAGCCUGAUAACUCGGCUGUAACCAAAGAGUCCAGUCGUCAAAAGGAAGAGCGUUUCGAUCCGGUGUUUCCUAAAGUGUCUACGAGCCUGCUGGUUCUGAGUCAUCAGCAGUGUGAUGGAGAGGUGGGACAGGGAGGUGGGACAGAGACACCGUCAGGCCCCCUCUCAGGUAAAAGCCUCCAUGUUCAGAGGGAGAACAUAGCAGCAGAUCCUGGUCCUGCUGUGGACCAGCGUCACAAUUUAUCAGCCUUUAUAUUCAGACCAAAGAGGAUGAAACCCUCCAAUGCCAUCAGCACCGCCUUAAAUACAGAGACCACUGUUAGUCAGGACAGCUGGGGCAAGCAGGAAACACACAAACACCAAAAGAGUUCAGUCAGCAGAGGACAACCAUUAAGGCCCAACUCUGAUGGUUCAGGUCAAAAAGACAAAGAGCUUCCUGAAGUUACUGUAACUGACAAAAAAACUAACUCAGGGUCCAGCACCAUUCCAGGUGAUAUUUGUGCGCUAAGCCAGUCCUUAUACCCUAAAACCUCGUCUUUGAACCCCAACACCUCGUCCUUGAACCCCAACACCUCAUCCUUGAACCCCAAAACCUUGUCCUUAAACCCCAAAACCUCGUCCUUAAACCCCAAAACCUCGUCCUUAAACCCCAAAACCUCGUCCUUGAACCCCAACACCUCGUCCUUGAACCCCAACACCUCGUCUUUGAACCCCAACACCUCGUCCUUGAACCCCAACACCUUGUCCUUAAACCCCAAAAUCUCGUCCUUAAACCCCAAAACCUCUUCCUUGAACCCCAACACCUCGUCCUUGAACCCCAACACCUCGUCCUUGAACCCCAACACCUCGUCUUUGAACCCCAACACCUCGUCCUUGAACCCCAACACCUCGUCCUUGAACCCCAAAACCUCGUCCUUAAACCCCAAAACCUCGUCCUUAAACCCCAAAACCUCGUCCUUGAACCCCAACACCUCGUCCUUGAACCCCAAAACCUUGUCCUUAAACCCCAAAACCUUGUCCUUAAACCCCAAAACCUCGUCCUUAAACCCCAAAACCUCGUCCUUAAACCCCAAAACCUCGUCCUUGAACCCCAACACCUCGUCCUUGAACCCCAACACCUCGUCUUUGAACCCCAACACCUCGUCCUUGAACCCCAACACCUCAUCUUUGAACCCCAACACCUCGUCCUUGAACCCCAACACCUCAUCUUUGAACCCCAACACCUCGUCCUUGAACCCCAACACCUUGUCCUUAAACCCCAAAAUCUCGUCCUUAAACCCCAAAACCUCGUCCUUGAACCCCAACACCUCGUCCUUGAACCCCAACACCUCGUCUUUGAACCCCAACACCUCGUCCUUGAACCCCAACACCUCGUCCUUGAACCCCAAAACCUUGUCCUUAAACCCCAAAACCUUGUCCUUAAACCCCAAAACCUCGUCCUUAAACCCCAAAACCUCGUCCUUGAACCCCAACACCUCGUCCUUGAACCCCAACACCUCGUCUUUGAACACCAACACCUCGUCUUUGAACCCCAACACCUCGUCCUUGAACCCCAACAGCUCGUCUUUGAACCCCAACACCUCGUCUUUGAACCCCAACACCUCGUCCUUGAACCCCAACAGCUCGUCUUUGAACCCCAACACCUCGUCUUUGAACCCCAACACCUCAUCUUUGAACCCCAACACCUCGUCCUUAAACCCCAAAACCUCUUCCUUAAACCCCAAAACCUCGUCCUUGUACCCCAAAACCUCGUCCUUGAACCCCAACACCUCGUCCUUGAACCCCAAAACCUCGUCCUUGAAUCCCAACACCUCGUCCUUGAACCCCAACACCUCGUCUUUGAACCCCAACACCUCGUCUUUGAACCCCAACACCUCGUCCUUGAACCCCAACACCUCGUCUUUGAACCCCAACACCUCGUCCUUGAACCCCAACACCUCGUCUUUGAACCCCAACACCUCAUCUUUGAACCCCAACACCUCGUCCUUGAACCCCAACACCUCGUCCUUGAACCCCAACACCUCGUCUUUGAACCCCAACACCUCGUCCUUGAACCCCAACACCUCAUCUUUGAACCCCAACACCUCUUCCUUAAACCCCAAAACCUCGUCCUUGAACCCCAACACCUCGUCCUUGAACCCCAACACCCCGUCCUUGAACCCCAACACCUCGUCCUUGAACCCCAACACCUCGUCUUUGAACCCCAACACCUCGUCCUUGAACCCCAACACCUCGUCCUUGAACCCCAACACCUCAUCUUUGAACCCCAACACCUCGUCCUUGAACCCCAACACCUCGUCUUUGAACCCCAACACCUCGUCCUUGAACCCCAACACCUCGUCUUUGAACCCCAACACCUCGUCUUUGAACCCCAACAGCUCACCUUUAAGUCCCCAGACCCCCAGCAGCAGAUCACACCACAUCAAAGCUGCUGUAGCUGCUUCAGCUUUUGCUAAAUUGUCAAGAUUCUCAUUCAGUGGCACAACCAAAUCAACAGCAACAGUUCAAACGGACGAGAAAAGAGGUCCACCUCAAAGAGAAAAUACUGGUUCAGUAGCUAACGAAACAGCAAGUUCCUUCAGAGGAAAGCCGAGUGAAGCUUUGGACCCCGCUGGGAGGGAAAAGGAUGUGCUAGCGCUGUUGCUGCCUACAGCAGGACAACCCUGUACUUCAGUGAGCUCUGUGAACCCCAGGAAGAGAAAGUGUUUUGAUCUGGGGCGUCCACCAACAGGUCCCAAACAUUUUCUCUCCGAGCUGUCCCUGUUUGGUUCUGCUGAGGUCUUCAAUGAUGUCCUCGACACGGACUGGGACCACGAGGUUCUGAAAUCCUGAGCUGCUGAUUGGUCUAAUCAGUGCUGUGAAAUGAUAAAAAACAAUUAUGUCAAAGUCUGGUUAGUCAUGAGUCGUAAUUAUGAUGGAUUACUAAACAUGAUGAGUCAGGAUUACUCAUGACUAGUAGUGAUGAGUCAUGAUUAGAUGGGAUGACUCAGUUAAGGUUUCUCAUGGUUAGUUAUUCUAGUGGAGAGCUGAGUUAUUAGCACGUUACCUACUGGUGAACUCAUGUAAAAUAAUGAUCUGUUAUCACUCAUAAUGCUUCACCACCUUGUCUCUGUUAUUUCUGCUAACAGCUUUCAGCAUGAACACAAUAAACCGACUUCAUCUUCUGACAGACUGCUUUAGGUUGUCCUAAAGUAAAGCUAAACCCAAUGUUAGGAACUUUGUUGGAGAAGCUAAACAGAUUACAAAAGGGAUUAUUUUGUUCAACUGGAAACAGUUCGUCAGGAUUAUGUUAGAAAAGCUGCAAACUGAUGACGUUUUUAGCGUGGGAGAAAAGCAUCUGAUUAAUGACUCAUAGCUCAAGUGAGAAGUUCACUGGUUUCAUGUGAAGGUGCUGAUUCAGCAUUAUGGUGGCCAAUAAACUUCUCAAAAUGCU